CUUUCACAUGCUUACUGCCACAUUAGGAGAUACCGCAAGCACGCUUAACCAACUUCAGCUUAGAUCUACUCGGUCGCUUGGCGUGCCAAUUCGAAAGGAGUAGAAACGCCAACUGGGCUGUGCCAACUUCCCCAGACACGGACAUAGACAGGCAUUGAGUCCCCGAAUAUAAACAUCACUCACUCCCCAUCUUCAACCUUCAAUCGUCACAGUUUCAACAAUGACGACAGUUACACAGACCGACACGAGGUCAGAGACCUUUGAGCUUCGAAGUUCACCUAGUCCAACGCGGAACGUGCUCCAUGGCGCUGAACCUCCGCAUUCAUCAUCGAAGCCAAGUACCGCCGAACUUCUGAAGAUUCUCAGCGCUGGGUUCAGUUUCUUCGUCGCUGGUGUUAACGAUGGAAGUAUCGGUGCUUUAGUACCUCAUAUCAUUCGAGAUUACAAUGUCACGACGGCAAUUGUAUCAUCAGUUUACGGCGCGAACUUUAUGGGUUGGUUUUUCGGCGCUUUCUCGAACACUCAUCUUUUUCAAAUCCUCGAUCUGGGCUCAAUGCUCACUCUUGGUGCUGUUCUGCAAGUCAUCGCUCAUGCCCUUCGAUCAUGGAAGCCGCCCUUUCCUCUGUUUACCAUCACCUUCUGGCUCGCGAGCCUGGGUCAAGCAUACCAAGAUACACAUGGGAACACGUAUGUAUCAGGAGUGAAGGGCUCUCAUAGGUGGCUGGCGUUUAUUCAUGCGAUGUAUAUGGCUGGUUGUCUCGUCGGACCAUUCGUCGCGACCGGUGUUGCAUCGGCUGGAAGUACGUCGAGAUGGUACUUAUUCUACACGUUCCCACUUGGAAUUGGUGUCUUGAACGUCGCAUUUGUGGUCUACGCCUUUUGGGACACUCUGAGACUGAAGAGAAAGCAACCGCCGACCGAACGUACCCUCGAGGCUGAUGAAUCGCCUGCAUCAAGAAAUGACGAUGCAUUUUCGUUGAUCAAGGAGACUCUCAAGAACAAAAACGUCUGGCUCAUCAGUCUUUUCUUCUUCUUCUUUCUCGGCGCAACUCUCACCGCCAGUGGAUGGGUUGUCGAGUACUUGGUCGAAGUCCGCAACGGCGACAUCAACCAGAUGGGUUUUGUGCCCGCUGGUUUCAGUGGAGGAUCAUUGCUUGGAAGACUGUUUCUUGCGGAACCCACGCAUCGUUUUGGAGUUCGCCCGAUGAUAUUCGCUUUCACGAUUCUUAGCAUUGGUUUGCAAGUUUUGUUCUGGCUGGUUCCAAACAUCAUCGCCGCUUCAAUCGCCAUCAGUCUACUCGGCUUCUUCAUGGGUCCAUAUUUCGCGACAGGUAUCGCCGUCGGCUCGAAACUCUUUGCCCCGCGCAUCAAAUCAACAGCAUUGGCAUUUGUCUUUGUUUUUGCGCAGCUCGGAGGUUGUCUGUUCCCAAUUAUCACCGGCCUUAUCGCCGCCAGCGCUGGAGUCUCGAUUCUUCAGCCUGUUCUCUGUGCACUUUUGGUUGCUACGAGCGUUUCUUGGCUGUUCGUCCCCAUGCCGAAGGAAGGAGACAAUCCGACGCUGCACCAGGAGUAGUUGAACGUGUUGCGUAGAGGAGGAAGCGCAAUACUCUGCUGCCUUGGAUGUUUCGUGCUAAGUGAGGAUGAUGAGGAGGGUUCGAGGUUAUAUACGAGAGCCGAUCUGGGUAAAUUAAGAAAGCUGAGGCAGUGACAAGGGGAUCAUCACAAACAGGCGAGUCGUUACUUAGGCUUGUGAAAGAAGAAUAUAUCAUCACUGAGGUAUGAGUUUUGUCUUCUAGCAUCAUAUCUACUUCUUCACUCAGUAUAUCUCUGAUGAAAUCAACUUGGCCCACCACGUCCUUUUCUGAAAGAGUAUCUCGACUCCUGCAGCAGGCCAAGAGAGGCAAUCAAACUCCAGGUCUCUAUCCUAAAUGAGAAAAAGACUUGAGUAAAUUCAGUAUAGACUUAGUAGAUCUCGGAAUACUCAUUUUCGGUACCUUGACUCAGGACCAGAAGU